CUUAGUUCCGGUGGUUGUAUGACCUAAAUUUAAAUUAUUUACUUAACAAUUAAGAUCAUACUUUAAUGUUUAUAUUACUGGCCCAACAGGUUUAUAGCAAGAUGGAAUGAAUUUCAAUAUUUUUUGGUUGUUUUUGAGUUGCUAAUGUGGUAACGUAAAGAGAACUUAGGGAAAAAUGAAAUUUGUAUUGUUAUGUUGCUGUCUAAUAUGUGUUUCUAAGCCACUGAAAGGAAACUCUGGUUUCACAGGAAGAUCAACAAAGAAAUCAAUAGGCCAAAAUCGACCAAUCGAUCUAUCCAUAUUUCAUUCUCGUACAAGUGCAGCAAUGAGACUUUUUUUCUACUCCAUCUAUCCUGAUGUCUUGAAUGUGAGUUAUAUUAUUCUUAAAUUGAUUCACUAUUAAAGUUAUCGAGAGUGUAUGGUAUGGACAUCAAUGACACUGUGACGCCAAAAUGUUCAGAUUUCAACAAUGUGUUGGCGAAUAAGAUAUAUUUUAUUAUCUAGAUUCACGUAUUUAUCCACAUAACUCAAUUUGAUGAUGAAUAUUUCAUUACCAUUAACUUCUUUUGUUUGUGCAUGACACAUAUUUUUCAUUAAUGUACACGAAGUUUCAUGGCUAAGUCC